AUGAAGCUGCUAAUUGUGUCCUUCGCUCUGUUUGUUCUGGCUGUGACGCUCGUGUCGGCGCUGCCAGCCGUCCAGGAUGAGUCCAUUCUCGGUGGGGACGUGUUCGAGGCGGAAGUAGACAGCUUCAACCCGCAAGAUCCGCAGGCCUUCCUGAAGCUGAAGAAGUUGAAGAAACUGCUCUUCCUCGGUUAA